AUGGCUGGACCAGUGGAACAGCAGAUCCAUCGGGAUCCCGCUCUCUUGUACACGCUCACCCCUUGGUUCAAAGUCGCAUCUCACGAACUGACACCUUCAACAGCUACUGGAUCCUCCUUCCCAUUACGGUCGUCAUGAUCCUGACCGGAGUUCUGCGACAUUACCUGAGCACUCUCCUCCAAACGGCGCCGAAAAAGCAAGCCCUAGAAAAGAUGCGAGAGCAGCGCUCGCUCAUGCGCGCCCAGAACCUCCGCAACAACUACCAGCAGAUUUCCAAGUCAGCGUUCGAACGACGGAAAGAAUUCUUCAUUGAUGGGGUAAAAGAUGGCAAAUUUCUGGCAGAUCCAGAGAAUAGAGGAAAGGCUAGACCGAAUCCCAUGUCAGACCCAGCGAUGAUGGAGGGAAUGAUGGGCAUGAUGAAGGGCAAUGUCGCCAUGAUGGUGCCCCAGAGCUUGAUCAUGGGGUGGAUCAAUGCCUUCUUUUCCGGAUACGUGAUCAGUAUGUGCAACUAUACGAGAUACAUGGGCUUUUGCGGUGCUAACACACUCCACAGUGAAGCUGCCAUUCCCACUCACGCCGCAAUUCAAGCAGAUGCUGCAAGCUGGUGUCGGCACGAGAGAUCUUGACGUGAGAUGGGUGUCGAGCUUGUCUUGGUACUUCCUCACCUUGUUCGGAUUGCAGCCAGUCUAUAAUUUCAUUCUGGGAAGCAACAAUGGUACGUAUUCCGAGAAGUCCUGAUCAGUGACUGCUUGCGCUAACUGUCCAAAGCUGCCGCAAUGGCUACCCAACAGAUGGCUCAGGCACAGAUGGGCCAGAACCCCAUGGGCGGCCAAGAAGAUCCCGACAAGAUCUUCGCAAAUGAAAUUGAGAACCUCGAGGUCAUUGAGCACCGGUAUAUUCUCGAUGGUGUAGAAGAUAGAUUACUCGCCAAGCUUGGCGCGUCUGUAUAG